AUGCCCCGCCAAUUCAACUCACAGCCGUCAUCCCGCGGCCAAUUCAACUCGCGGGCGUCAUCCCAAACAAACACACAAAGGCAAACUAUAUCUACGGGCUCAUCUAGACGGCGUACCUCAAGACUUGCCGAGGCACAAAAAGUUGCCGCAGAAGCCCGCAGAGCAGCAUCGCUACGGUUGGCUCAACGACGGGGGCUAGGGGGUCGGCCGGGCGCAAUUCGUCUUCCCCCAGAAUUGGAUGAAGAUGAUGACACGAGUGAAGAUACCUCCGACGAAGAGUAUGGUCGAGGACAUGACGAUACUGCGAGCCCUUUUGGUCCCCUUCCUGCAAGCUUCAGCGAAUCUGAUCCCCAGCACAAUUACAGCGGACUUGAGGAGCACGCAGAAUACUUUUGCCUUCGGCGCUGUGCUGAAAGAAGAGAGGAGAUCAGUCGCCAAUGGAACGAGCUCAAUAACCAAGUCGUUGCCGCAUACCUACUGUGUCAACAAACCACCCGAAACUGGACUAACCCACCAAGCGAUUACAUCCUACCCCCAGGCACAUGUACAUGUCCAUCCGAUGACAUUUCGAUGCAAAAAGUGGAUUUAAUUGAUAUCCUUUGUGAUUGGCUGAAUAGAAGGCUUUUGAACGCCGAAGAAACAAGCCAACUUGCUUCUGAUGGACUCCGAUUGCUCUACUCUACACCAAAUCCGGCAACUCCCGGGAUCACAUACACCCGUACGUUUUUUGAACAGCAAUGGGAACUUGAGAAAAGCUUCCACUUGAACUUCAACCAGACAAGGGAGGACCAACGCAAAAAACUCGGUGAAUUACUCUGCUUACAAGACGACCUUGAUGAAGCUUGGCUACGGGCAACGGUCACUGUGGCCCAGGCAAUUGCCAGGGCCAAUACUUAUAGUAAUAUAGCCGACCAAAUUGUCAGACAACGAUUGGCAAUUGGAGCCAAUCAGAUAAUAGACGACUUGAACAGUUAA